GUAGUUAGAAUUGUGGCGGAAGUACCCUGUUGGUUGCACGUUCCUUGUGAGGACGAGGAGGAGGUCACACAAGAACAAUGUUGAGUAAAGUGGUCGGACAGAAAUAUAUGUCCAUGGCUAAAUUGUGGAUACCAACACUGGCUGUUUGGGGCACAGUGGGUGGCGUAGCUAUGGUGCACAUGACAGAAUGGCGAGUCAUUUUGGAUUAUGUUCCCUACGUCAACGGCAAGUUCAAGAAUGAUGAAUAGUGUCAAUCAGUUUGUUGAUGGAUUGAACUGAAAUUAUGAGCAAGGACUGCUCCAGCCGCUGUUUUGCAAUGCAGGAUAUAACAUCAUGGUGCUCCAAAAUAUCUUCAUCACCAUCAUCGUCUGUGACGCAUUUGGAGUGGAGCAGAUACACCUCAACCUGAAACUCUUGAGUGAAAUCAAAAUGAACUUUAUGUUUUUACAUAUACUUCUGCAGUCAGCUAUUCAUUUUAAUCAUCAAAUGUUGAGCUUCCCUCCAAGAAAACUGUUCUGAAUAAGGAAGAAAUAAAAUGAAUGUGAAAUA